AACUAGCUCAUCACUAGAUCAACCAAAGACACUUCACGAAUCCUUCUCACACUUAGUUUCACCCCUCCGCCAAAUAUAAACACUUAGAAAAUUUUCAUAAAAUGCCUAGUCUUACGUGUCCGCCUUGUAAUAAUAUGAAACUCUUCAAGGAUUUCCAGCCAUAGCCAGCCACAUCACUACCAAUUUCCCCCACCAAAAUGCACAACCACCAAUCAACCACUCCUCCCACCACCCCCACCAACAUCUCCCUAACCACUUUUUCAGCACCUUUUAUCCUCCUCAUCACAACCAUUUUCUCACUUGUCAUCAUCCUUACCUUCUCCUUCUCCCCUUCCACUACCACCCUUCCUUUCCCCCCCUACCCCCACCCUUACACCCCAUCAAGCCCAAAUGACCAAAACACCCUCCCCUCCAACACCCCACCCACCCCACCUUCCAUUGCCUAUCUCAUUACUGGAUCAACCAAAGACACUUCAAGAAUCAUCCGUCUGUUGUUUUCUAUAUACCAUCCAAGAAACCAGUAUUUACUUCAUCUUGAUAGAAAAGCUACUGAUGUUGAACGUGAACAUUUAGCACUUGCUGUUCAGUCUGUGCAGGUUUUUACGGCUGCAGAGAAUGUAAAUGUUAUUGGUAAAGCUGAUUUUCGAUACUCGUUGGGGUCUUCUAUAUUGUCUGCUACACUUCAUGGGCUUUCCAUACUUUUGCGACUUUCCAGUUCUUGGGAUUGGUUUAUUAAUCUAUCAGCUGAUGAUUAUCCACUCGUUACUCAAGAUGAUCUUCUACACAUUUUAUCAUAUCUACCCAAGGAUCUUAAUUUUGUCAACCACUCGAGCUACAUCGGUUGGAGAGAGUCAAAGAAGUUGAAACCGAUAGUUGUGGAUCCAGGGCUCUAUCUUACAGAGGAAAGUGAAGUAUAUUAUGCCUCUCAAAAACGGGAACUGCCAGAUGCUUAUCGAUUAUUCACAGGGUCAUCAUCUGCUAUUUUGAGUCGAAAGUUUACCGAGUUCUGCAUCUUAGGCUCAGAUAACCUACCUAGAACUCUGUUAUUGUACUUGUCAAACUCACCAUCCUCAGAAUCUGUAUAUUUUCCAACCAUCUUGUGCAAUUCGCGGAAAUUCAAUGGGACAACAAUCAACCACAACAUGCAGUAUUCCGCUUUUAACUCCAGAUCACAAGCUCGCCGGCUCAACUCAAGUGACUUCAACGACAUGGUGAUGAGUGGAGCAGCAUUUGCUUUGCCAUUUAAGGCAGGCGAUCCGGUUCUUGAUAAGAUCGACCAUGAACUUCUCCACCACAACCGUGACGAACCAGUGCCAGGCGGGUGGUGUUUAGGCGACAAUGAAACUAACAAAUGUACCGUCUGGGGAGACGUUGAAAUCUUAAGACCGGGUUCCGGAGCAAAGAGGCUUGAGAAAAAAUUUCUUCAUCUUUUCUCUAAUGGAUCAUAUUUGAAUGAUCAAUGUCAAUAUGAGAAGAGCUCCUCCAGAUGAUUUGACAUAGCAAAUUAGACAGAAGAUGUAACACGAGGUACUCAUCAAACCACUUGUAAUGGUACUAAAUUUAAGUCUCAGCUAGCCAAUUCUUUCAUUGGAAGCCUAUUGUUGUGUGAAGUCUUUUUGAGUGUCAGAUUAAUGAAAAUGUCUGCCAUUGCAAUGGAA